AUGUUUAGAGUCUUUUAUCAUAUUGGAUAUUUUGGAUCGAAGUAUCCAUGUUUUGUAUUUUUGAUAUGUUUGGCAUUGAGUGGAAUAAUGUCAUUAGGGUUAUAUAAUUUACAAGUUUUAACAGAUCCACAAUGUAUAGCAGUAAUAAUAAAAUAGCAUUGUGGGUCUCAUCUAGUAGUAGAACUUAUUAAGAAUAAGAGAAUUCUGCAGAAAAUUUUGGUCCUUUUUAUAGAACAAAUUAAUUCAUAUUAACUUAUUAGAAUGAAAAUUGGGUGAAUAUAUUUUAAAAGGAGGGAUUACAAGUGAUAUAUUUCUUGUAGAAUAUAAUAAGAAAUAGAAAAGUAUUAAUAGGAGGUAGAAAUACAACUUUAGAUGAUCUAUGUUAUAGGCCAAUAUCAGCAAAAGGUUGUUAUAUACCUAGUCCAAUGGAUAUUUGGCUUUAAGAUCCGAAUUUAUUAGAAGUUAUCUUUAUAAUUUAUUUUAGAAAGAUCAUGACAUAUAAUUUACAACAUUAUGUACAGAGUCAAUUGAUGUGAAUUAAACUAAUAUACCUUGUAGUGAUUAGAAUGGAAUUCCAAUAAUCUUAGAAUCGGUAUUUGGAGGAAUGUAAAUUAUUUAAUAAAAUAUUAAUUAGAACAUGUGAAAUGAGAUAGAAUGAUACUUAACCAUGUGAUCAUUGUUAUAUUUAAGCUAAGACAAUGGCAGUUACAUAUCUUUUAAAAAAUGAUGAAUUUACAAAACAAAAUGCUGAACUUUGGGAAAAAGAAGUAUGGAUGGAUACAUUAGAUGCUUUAAAUAAAAGAAAUUACAAAAAACUUUAUGAAAAUUAUAAUAAAUCUAUUAUGGUUGCUCCAAGGGAAGAGCUUUUAGAUUAAUAUAAAGUAGGUUUUAUGGCAGAAAGAUCAGUUUCAGAUGAAAUUAAUGAUGAGACAAAUUAAAAUGCUUGGAUUGUGAUUGUUUCAUAUUUAAUGAUGUUUGCUUAUAUAGGUUUUGCAAUAGGGUAAUUUCCUAGUAAGAUUUACAAUGGAUUUACAUUAGGAUUGGGAGGAAUAUUCAUAGUUGCAGUCUCUAUGAUAAGUAGUAUAGGAUUAGUAUCAUAUUUUAAUAUAGGAUUAACUAUGAUUAGUUUAGAAGUAUAUUAUUGUCGUUAUCAAGGUGAUUCCAUUUUUAAUAUUGGCAAUUGGGGUUGAUAAUAUGUUUAUUAUAACACAUAAUUUUAAGAAACAAAAACACCCUACAAUUGAAGAAAGAAUGGGAAAUACAUUAGAUUAAGUUGGUCCAAGUAUAACUAUAGCUGCAAUAUGUGAAACUUUAGCAUUUUUAGUAGGAUCAUUAACAAAAAUGCCAGCUUUACAAUCUUUUUGUAUUUAGGCAGCAGUUGGAGUGUUUAUUGAUUAUUUUUUAUAAAUAACAAUGUUUGUUGCAUUUUUAACAUGGGAUGAGUAAAGAAAGAAACAUAAAAGGUAUGAUCUUUUUGUUUGUAAACAGGAUAUAAAUUAUACAAUAAAGGAGAAUAGAAAAUUAAUUUAGACUUUUUUUAAAAAGAAAUAUUCUAAUUUAUUGUAAAAGCCAGUUUGUAUAAUAACAACUAUGUUAAUAUUUAUUUUUUUAUUUGUCAUAAGUUGUGUUGGAAUUACAAAAAUAGAAGUUGGAUUGGAUGAGUAGGUUUCAAUGGUAGAAGGUUCUAAUUUAUUUAAUUACAUGACAUUAGAAAAGAAAUAUAUUGAGAUAGGUCCUUUAGCUUAUUUGAUUUUAGAAAAUUUGGAUUAUUAAGAUCCUCAUGAUUUAGAAUUAGUAGCUAAUUUAUCUAAUUCUUUAUCAUAAUUAAAUGAAACAGUUCAGCCUCCAAUAUAUAGUUGGGUUGCAUCUUUUAAUUUAUUCAUUAGAGAGAAGGCAGAAUGGACAUUGGCGUGUGAAACUGAAGAUAUAGCAUUAUAUGAUUUGCCAACUUAAUUAAAGAGAUUUUUGGGAGUAAGGAUAAAUUCUCCUUGUUGUUAGAGAUAUGGGAUUUGUGGAGAAACAUUUGAAGCUGAUAUAGUAUUAAAUGAAAAAGGGUAUGUAAAAACAAGCAGGUUGAGAUUUUAACAUCGUCCUAUUCAUAAUUCAGCAGGAUAUAUAUUAUCUUUGGAAUAGACUAGAUAAGUAAUUGACAAAGUAGUUAAAUAAGGGAAGUUGAAAGAUGGUCAAAAAGUAUACUCAUAUUCUAUGCCAUAUGUAUUUUAUGAUUAAUACUCAUAUAUUCGAGGCGUGGCUAUAACAAAUGUAUUCUUAGCAUUGGCUACUAUCUUUUUAACAAUGUCUUUAGUUUAAGAUGUUAUUUGUGCAAUCAUAGUAGUAUUAUUUGUGUUUUUGAUUGCCUUCAAUUUAGUAGGAACUAUAUGGUUAACUAAUGUAAUAUUUGGUGGUUUUGUGGUAAUAAUUUUGAUACUAUUUAUUUAGAUUGAAAUCAAUGCAGUAAGCGUUGUGAAUUUAGUCACUUGUAUUGGAUUAGCAGUUGAAUUUGUUGCACAUAUAAUAAUUAAAUUUCGUUUAUGUGAAGGUUAAAGAUGGGAAAGAGUUAAAGAAGCAAUGUCAACAAUGGGAACUUCAGUAUUUGUUGGUAUUGCAUGUACUAAAUUCAUUGGUGUGGCUGUACUAGGAUUUGCACCUUCCACACUAUUUAAAUUGUAUUACUUUAGAAUGUAUAUUCUGAUGGUUAUUUUGGGAGCAUUUAAUGUAAAACAUAUAUUUUUCUAAAUUAGGGAUUAGUGCUAUUACCAAUCUUUUUAGGAUUGAUAGGACCUUAAUCUCCAGUAGCAUAAUUUAGAAUUAGAACUCUUAUUAAUAAAUCAGAUAGUAAUUCUAUUACUACUUCAAGUGCUGGUAGUAAAGGUAAAAAUUUAUUAUGA